AUGACCCAGUUCGGUGGCAGGGAGAUGGACACCAGCUCUUGCCUGGCCUUCGCUCCAAGGAACAGAACUGGGCACAACGGCCAAGCGACGCAGCAAAAUUGGCAGGUGUCCAAUGAGGAUGACUUCCUCGCCUUGGAGCCCUAUGCGGUACCCUGCGGCAACAAUUGGAUGAAGGACCACUGGGACAGGUGGCAGGGCUUCUCCUUCUACUCCUCUCCUCUUCCCAUCGACAAGUGCCUUGACGGACCUCUUUUCAGCCGAAGAUUGGAGUGGAAGCCAAUCUCCCGGCCCGAGCAAGAAAUAUGA